AUGGGUUCCACUCCUGUCCCUGAUCCCACCCAUCGCAAGCGCGAGCUCCCGCAGAACGAACUUGAAGCGUCCUCUCAGUUGAAACUCGGCGAGUUCCAAAACGUGCCGACGCUAUCUCUUUCCGAAGCUCGACUGGUGAUCAACAAAGUCCUUGACCUGAGGAAGAAAUCGAAUAAUAAAUACGAGGAGAGGGAGACGUUGAUAAAAACCCAAGACUACCUUGAAGUUUUCGCGCGGUUUAAAGAGAAAGAAAACAUUGAAGCUGUUGAACGGUUAUUAUCCGCCCACACGGAGUUGGAGUUUUUCGAGAGGUCUCAGCUAGGUAGCGAACCCACCCAUCAAUCAUUUUGCUUCCAAGCCGUUGCUGAUUGUAGACAGGAAGUUUAUGUUGCGAUAACGCGGAGGAAGCGAAAGCCCUUAUUCCAAGCAUCGGAAAUAAAAUAUCAGAUGCGGACCUACAAGAGUUAUUAG